AGGGGGCGUGGCCGGGAGGGGGCGUGGCCGGGAGGGGGGCGUGGCCAUCCCGGGCGGGCGGCGGCGAAGGGCGCGGAGCCAUGGGGCUGCGGCGGGCGGUGCAGUUCUGCCGCCUCCCCUCCCCCCCCCUGCGGCGACCCCCGGCCCGGACCCACAGCGCGACCCCCGCCCCACGCCGGCGCGCCGUGGGGCUGGCCCGGGGGGUCGCCGUGGGGCUGGGGCUGGGGGCGCCGGCGCUGUGGGGCUGGUACGUGUGGGCCGAGCCCCGGGAGCGGCGGCGGCUGCGGCUGGUGCUGGACGGCGUGGGACGAUUCGCCAGGUCGCUGGCCGUGGGCAUCACCAUCUCCCUGGACUACUGGUGGACCACCAACGUCACCCUGCGGGGGCUGGACGAGGAGAGCGCGGGGUUCCGGGCGGGGAUGUCGCGGUGUCACCGCCGGGCGGCCGAGCGGCUGCUGGGGGGGGCGCUGCGCAACGGGGGGCUCUACGUCAAGCUGGGCCAGGGGCUCUGCGCCUUCGGCCACCUCCUGCCCCCCGAGUACCCCGACACCCUGCGCCCGCUGGAGGACCAGGCCCUGCGCCGCCGCCACCGCGAGGUGGACGAGCUCUUCCUGGAGGAUUUCCAGACGACUCCGGCCGGGCUCUUCCAGGAGUUCGACUACGAGCCGGUGGCCGCCGCCAGCCUGGCCCAGGUGCACCGAGCGCGGCUGCACGACGGCACCCCCGUCGCCGUCAAGGUGCAGUACAUCGACCUGCGCGACCGCUUCGAGGGCGACAUCUGGACGCUGGAGCUGCUGCUGCGCCUGGUGCAGCUCAUGCACCCCGACUUCGCCCUGGGCUGGGUGCUGCAGGAGCUGAAGGGGACGCUGUUGGGGGGUGGGGGUCUCACUAUGACCCCCCCUGACCCCCCCAGGAUCUGA